UUGAAAAGGAAAUUUCUGGGAAAAAAGGAAGAAUCCAUUACUUUCUUACACUCAAAGUGUUGUUUGAUUCUACUUAAAUUUUCUCAGAUCAUCAUUUCCAUUUAUGCAAUUUUAAUCGCUCCAGUUCUACGGGCAAUAAUUCUAUAUUUUUCCAGAUUUUUUACUUCAAUAAAAAUUUCAACUUCAUACAUUGUGCUAAGAGCUUGAAGUACAGAAAUAUCGAAAAUUUUGAGAUACAGAAAGGGUUCUUUUAUCUUUUGCGGUCCAAGUCUUGAUUGCUUUGGAGCCAAAAAAGAAGCAACUUAAUGCAUAAUUGGUUAUGCCAACAUGAUAGUUUGUUCUCCCAUCAGAACCUGUGCAAAAAAUGUUGUCCACUUCAGUGGAAGGAUGGGUAGCUGCCUCUACCGUGUUGUGUGUCAGGGACCAUCCAGUUCAUGUUGUAUAUCUGUGUAUCCUGGACAUUCCAAGAUAAAAUAUACUGAUCUGUCUGCUUCUAGUACAGUCACUUGUUCAUCUGUCAUUGGCUUUAAAGCAUUCUCAGGCAGAGGCUGCAUUGGAUCGUGCUCAUCUGGGCAAAGAGGGAACUUGCAGGAAUUAACAGUUAAAGGAUCAAGUGGGCUUAAAAUUUCAUUGGCCAGCCAAAAUAUGAAAAUUAGGCUUUUGAUGCCAAAACAAGGAACUCGAAAAAUCAAAUGCAAUGUGAGAUCUAUGUGGCCUCGAGCUUCUGCUGGCUUGGGUUUUGGUUUGUUCAUAUGUAGUUCAAGUUCUGAACCAGUAUAUGCAGAAGCUGGGGAGGAGGAAGGAAAAAAGGAAGACCACUGCCAUUCUUCUCAUGGGAAGAAAGUCUACACUGACUAUUCUGUUAUUAGAAUUCCUGGAGAUGGGAGAUGUUUGUUCCGCUCUGUGGCUCAUGGGGCUUGCUUAAGAUCUGGGAGACCAGCCCCCAAUGAGCAUCGUCAAAGACAGUUAGCAGAUGAGUUGAGGGCUAAGGUUGCAGAUGAGUUUGUCAAAAGAAGAAAGGAUACAGAAUGGUUUGUUGAAGGAGAUUUCGAUACAUAUGUCUCACAAAUUAGAAAGCCAGAUGUUUGGGGAGGUGAACCUGAACUUCUCAUGGCUUCACAUGUUCUUGGGAUGCCAAUAACUGUCUACAUGUAUGACAAAGAUGCUGGUGGCCUGAUUACCAUAGCUGAGUACGGCGAAGAAUACGGCAAGGAAAAUCCAGUAAGAGUUCUCUAUAAUGGUUGCAGUCAUUAUGAUGCAUUGCAGAUCCCAGGAAGGAAUCAUGGUAAAUCAAAACUUUAGCUCUAGAUUGGGGAGGAAGAGGGGGGGGGGGGGUGUGAUGAAAAAACAAACAAACGAGUUUAAGAAGCAUAAUUACAUUUUUUUAUCUUCUCAGCACAUGCUGUGUAUUGAUUUAGCAUUGUAUUGGUCUUUUAUUCUCUGGAGUCUGGUCCAAAUGUGUUGGUGUUUUGUUCGGAAUGUAAGCCCCCAAAUCCUAAUUUGUUGAGAUGUGAAACUUAGAAAGGCAAAUGACACUGGUGAAGGAACCAUAUUUGAGGUUUUGAACAGUUUUAGAGGUCCUAUAAAAACCAUUCACUUCGUUUUCCCUAUUUUAUCUGAACCGCUCUAUCCAAGUACCUUAAUAAGAAAGAGAUUAUUACCUG